UUGUAUAAAACCAGUUCCAAAGGACGAUGCUGAGAGUUGACGUGCGUUGUAUUUUGGUGAGAUGACGGCGGGACGGAUCCACCCUGUGUUGUGUGGAUUGCUGCUGGUCGGUGCGGGUCUGCUGGCGGCUGCACCGACGCAAAGUGAUCACACUCCCAUAGGGAGGUUCUGGCAUAUCACAGACCUCCACCUUGACCCUACUUACCACCUGACGGAGGACCCCACCAAAGUGUGUUUCUCCUCCAAAGGGGCCCCGGCCACCAAAGCUGGUCUAUAUGGGGACUUCCUGUGCGAUUCCCCCUACCGCCUCAUUCAGUCGGCAUUCACUCAAAUGAAACAGGUGACCCCACCCUUGGACUUCAUGAUAUGGACUGGGGACAGUCCACCUCAUGUCCCAAAAGACGAGCUGUCCACAAACACGGUGAUCCAGGUGAUCGGUAACAUGACCCAGACCAUCCGAGACCACUUCCCCAGCCUGACUGUCUACCCGGCCCUGGGCAACCAUGACUACUGGCCACAGGACCAGCUGAUAACAUCUACGAAUGCGGUCUACCAGGCUGCUGCCAAGCUGUGGGAGCCCUGGCUGCAGCCUGAAGCCCUGCUCACACUUAGAGAAGGUGGUUUCUACUCCCAGCCAGUGAGGCCUGGUCUGAGGGUGAUCAGUCUGAACACUAUCCUCUACUACAGCCCUAACAAAGUCACUGUUAACACGACUGACCCCGCUGGACAAUUCCGGUGGCUGGAGACGACGCUAGAAAAAGCUGCAGAAAGCAUGGAAAAGGUGUUUAUCAUAGCUCAUGUGCCAGUAGGGUUCUUGCCCUUUGCCAGAAACAUCACGGCUAUAAGAAAGCACCACAACGAGAGACUGGUGGACAUCUUCAGGAACUACAGCCAUGUGAUUGCGGGACACUUCUAUGGCCACACCCACCGAGACAGUAUCAUGGUGCUGCUGGACCAGAAAGGCAAACCGGUGAACUCUUUCUUCGUGUCACCGGCCAUCACGCCAAUCAGGAGUAUUGUGGAGUCCUACUCUAAUAACCCGGCAUACCGCAUGUACCACUACAAUACCAAGGACUUCACUCUGUUGGAUAUCUGGCAGUACUAUCUGAAUCUGACGGAAGCCAAUGAGAAACAAAGGUCUGACUGGAGGCUUGAAUACAUCAUGACAGAGGCGUUUGGACUGAAAGACAUCCAGCCACACAGCCUGCUCCAGCUGGCCCUGAGCUUCAGGCUGCCUCACACCAAGACCUUUGACAAGUAUUUUAGUCACUUCAUGGUCAGUUAUGAUGACAGUAUAGUCUGCGAGGGAGACUGUCGGCUCACCCAGGUGUGUGCUGUGCUGUGUCUGGACCAGGAGUCCUAUUCCCAUUGUACCGGGAAGGGAAAAUUAUAAUAACAACAACAGUCAUAGUUAUUGAAUAUUUCUUUUUUGUCGCUAUGAAAUAAAUUCAGGGAUUUAAGUGAGCGUUUGCACAGGAUAUCCAACUUGUUCAUAAUUUGAAUGUGACAUUGCAUGUUUAAUACCGCUUGAUUCAAGUAAAACGUUUUGGUAUAAAACGAAUAAAAAGGUAUUAAGGGGUGUUUUUUGUUGUUGUCACAAGAUAAAUUGAAUCAUUGCUAUUGAAAUGUCACUCAGAUGUCUAUGAGCCGACUGUUAGUACGCAUCAGCCUACUGGCACUGGUGCAGUAGGGUUUUAAUGAAAUUACGUGACAACCGCUUUCUUUGUAUUUCACUACUCGCAGCACUUUUCUACAAAUAAAAGAUGUCUGUUUAAAGGACGGG